CCAAGAACAUAAUCUCGUAGAGUAUGUUUCCAUGAUUUUUAGCUAUCAACUGCCAUCAUUUUCCAUAUUUAGAAGCAAACCGCCAAUCUUUGCUACUUUGUGUCAAGUGGGUCUCUCUCCACUUACUCCAAAUACAAAUAAUAUAUAUAUAUACACACACACAGGUACCCAUCAUUCAAGCAGAAAUUGUAGGUGAAAAUCUGCAACUUCCCUUUCAUCUUCCAAACUAUUCAAGUCAAUGAUCGGAACAAGCUUCAAUCUUCUAACUUGUUAGAUCCCGUUUGCAGUUUUCAGCAGAUCUGAUCACUAUGUCUUCAAGCAAUUCUGCUAGAUCAAAACACAGUGCUAGAAUCAUCCAACAGACCACAGUAGAUGCAAGACUCCAUGCCGAUUUCGAGGAAUCCGGGGACUCGUUUGAUUACUCGAGCUCGGUCAAUGUUAGCAGCACCGUGGUUGGUGCUGAACCGCCUCGUUCCGAUAAGGUAACCACCGCGUAUCUCCGUACCAUUCAAAAGGGUAAGUUCAUCCAACCUUUUGGAUGCUUGUUAGCACUAGAUGAUAAAACUUUUAAAGUAAACGCCUAUAGCGAAAACGCCCCCGAAAUGCUGACAAUGGUGAGCCACGCGGUCCCCACGGUCGGGGAAAAUCCAGUUCUGGGUAUUGGUACCGAUGUUAGAACAUUAUUUGCAGGUCCUAGCGCGACUGCUCUGUUUAAAUCCUUAGGAUUUGGGGAGGUUUCAUUGCUAAAUCCCAUUUUGGUCCAUUGUAAAACAUCCGGGAAGCCAUUUUAUGCCAUUAUUCAUCGGGUCACGGGUAGUUUAAUCAUUGAUUUCGAGCCCGUUAUGCCUAAUGAAGUCCCGAUGACCGCUGCUGGUGCGCUACAGUCAUACAAGCACGCAGCCAAAGCCAUAGCUAGGCUGCAAUCUUUGCCUAGUGGCAGCAUUGACCAGCUGUGUGACACAAUGGUCCAAGAGGUUUUCGAGCUCACGGGUUAUGACCGGGUCAUGGCUUAUAAGUUUCAUGAUGAUGAUCACGGUGAGGUGAUCGCCGAGAUCACUAAACCAGGGCUCGAUCCCUACCUUGGGUUGCAUUACCCCGCCACCGACAUCCCACAGGCUGCAAGGUUCUUGUUCAUGAAAAACAAGGUCCGAAUGAUCUGCGACUGUCGCGCUAAAAACGUUCUAGUUGUUCAAGAUAAGAAACUACAGUUUGACUUAACGCUAUGCGGGUCAACCCUCCGGGCCCCGCAUAGUUGUCAUCUGCAGUAUAUGGAAAACAUGACCUCCAUAGCCUCUUUAGUGAUGGCAGUUGUGAUCAAUGAUAUGGAUGAAGAAGCGGAAACAUCUGAUCCACAGAAGAGGAAGAAGCUUUGGGGAUUAGUAGUGUGUCAUAACACGACUCCACGAUUCGUCCCGUUUCCACUGCGGUAUGCGUGCGAGUUUUUAGCGCAAGUUUUCGCUAUUCACAUCAACAAAGAACUGGAAUUGGAAAACCAGAUUCUCGAAAAGAACAUCUUAAGAACACAAACACUUUUAUGUGAUUUGUUGUUGCGGGAUGCGCCUUUAGGCAUAGUGUCACAAAGCCCGAAUGUCAUGGACCUCGUGAAGUGUGACGGGGCGGCUCUACUGUACAAAAAUAAAGUGUACAGGAUGGGUGUUAGCCCGACCGAGAAGCAGAUUCAUGAUAUAGUCUCGUGGCUCUAUGAACACCAUAUUGAUUCAACAGGAUUGAGUACUGAUAGUUUAUAUGAUGCGGGCUACCCUGGGGCUCUGGCUCUCGGUGAUGUGGUUUGUGGGAUGGCGUCGGUUAGGUUAACCGAUAAAGAUAUUCUAUUUUGGUUUAGAUCUAGUACGGCUAGCGAGAUUAAAUGGGGUGGUGCGAAACACGAAAAAGGGGAAAAGGAUGACGGUAAACGGAUGCACCCGAGGUCGUCUUUUAAAGCGUUUUUGGAAGUUGUGAAAAGGAGGAGUUUCCCAUGGAAGGAUUUUGAGAUGGACGCGAUCCACUCGUUGCAGAUCAUACUGCGAAACGCAUUGAAAGAGAGUGAAGCGGGCGAUCUGAACUCGAAUGUGAUUCAGGCCGGGUUUAAUGAGCUUAAACUUGAUGGGAUACAAGAGUUGGAAGCUGUUAUAGGUGAGAUGGUUAGGUUGAUUGAAACCGCUUCGGUUCCUAUACUUGCAGUUGAUGUUGAUGGUUUGAUCAAUGGUUGGAACACGAAAAUAGCUGAGUUGACCGGUUUGACCGUGGAAGAAGCUAUUGGUACCCAUUUGCUAACACUUGUUGAAGAUUCUUCGGUUGACACGGUUCAAAAGAUGCUCAAUCUUGCAUUGGAAGGAAAAGAGGAGACUGGUGUCCAGUUUGAAAUCAAAAGACAUGGAUCAAUGGAAGGCUCUAAACCAAUCACGCUAGUGGUUAAUGCAUGUGCAAGCAGAGACGUACAGGAAAACGUUGUAGGCGUAUGUUGUAUCGCACAAGAUAUAACUCACCAAAAGACCAUAAUGGACAAGUUUACUCGAAUAGAAGGCGAUUACAAAGCUAUUGUGCACAACCCGAAUCCACUGAUUCCCCCGAUCUUUGGAACCGAUGAAUUCGGUUGGUGCUCUGAGUGGAACCAAGCCAUGACUGAGGUAUCUGGAGUGUCCAGAGAACAAGUCAUAGAUAAGAUGCUUUUGGGUGAGGUUUUCGGGACACAUGGAGCCUGCUGUCGGCUCGGUAAUCAAGAGGCGUUCAUUAACCUUAGCAUUGUUCUUAACAAAGCUAUGACUAGUGACGAAGCCGAAAAGAUUUCAUUCGGGUUUUUUGGUAAAAAUGGAAAGUAUGUUGAUUGCAUGCUAUGUGCUAGUAAAAGAGUGGACAAUGAAGGAACAGUUACUGGGCUUUUCUGCUUCUUGCAGUUGGCUAGUAAAGAUCUUCAACAAGCUAUCCAUUUUCAGAGAAUUUCUGAGCAAAUUGCAGCCAAACGGCUUAAAGCUUUAGCCUACGUACGUAGACAGAUAAGAAACCCGCUUUCGGGGAUUAUAUUCUCAAGAAAAAUGUUGGAGGGGACCGAUCUGGGAGAUGAACAGAAGGAGCUUCUUCACACCAGUGCCUUGUGUCAAAAACAGCUAAAUAAAGUACUCGACGACACUGAUCUAGAUAGCAUCGUUGAUGGGUGUUUGGAUCUUGAAAUGACAGAGUUUAACCUCCAGCAAAUCUUGGGUGCCUCGCUAAGUCAAGUUAUGUCAAAGAGCAACAUAAUGGGCAUUCAAGUAGUGAACAACAUAGCAGAACAUACGUUGUCGGAGAAGCUAUACGGUGAUAGUGUACGGCUUCAGCAAGUUCUUGCGGAUUUCUUGUCUCUAUCGGUCUCUUGCACGCCACCUGGUGGUGUCAUUGUAAUCGCAGCUAAUUUGACCAAAGAUCAGUUGGACAAGUUGGUUCAGCUUGUGAAUUUGGAACUCAGGAUAACACACACCGGAGGUGGUGUGCCGGAGGAGUUGUUAAAGCAGAUGUUUGGAAACAGUGUGGAUGCAACUGAGGAAGGAAUAAGCUUUGUGGUUAGCAGAAAUCUGUUGAAGCUCAUGAGUGGAGAUGUGCAAUAUCUGAGGGAAGCCACAAAGUCUACAUUCAUAAUUUCUGUUGAACUUGCCUCUGCUGGUACAAAGAAGCCAUGAACAGGCUUUUAUUUUGUUGCUGUUUCAAGAAAUCAACUUUUACAUGCUUGAGUGUGUCUUGUGUUAAUGUGCACGUGUAAUAAUUGUUUUGUUGCCUUUUUGGGAAUAAAAUUGUUUUAAGUUAAAAACCAUAUAAAUGUUUAAAGAUGA